AUGGUUGUCGGUUGUCUUGCCGACGAUACCGGUCGGAGAGGCUGCACGAAUACUGGAAGUCGAAACGACAGCGGGCAAGAGCCACUGGAACUUCAUGAGUUCAGUGCUCAGGUCGCUGACGGACGCCGGAAACACGGUGACCGUUUUCACGCCAUUUCCAGACGGCGACCGGGCCAACUACACGGAGGUGGACACUUCCGGCGAUUACCCGUUGAAGCUCGAUAUGGACGUGAUGCAGACGAUCCGGGAAUAUGGAGAUCCGUUCGUGUUGAUGAAUAUCUUGUCUGGGGACUGAUACGAAUAUACUGUGACGCAAUCUACGGCAACCAUAAGCUGGCUUACCUGAUAGCUUCUGAGGCAAGCCGCUUGGCUUCGACUGCGUUUCGUUCCAGAACGAGCGGGUCUGCCUGUGAUCUACUUGAUCCCCUCACCGAUGAUCACAUUCACCGAGCUGCAGUUCACCGGUCACGUGUCCAAUAUUUUUUGCGUGUCCAACAUAUUGGCCAGCCACGCCGUGCCCGACACAUUCGUCCAGAGUUUCACCAAUACAGUGCUGCUGAUGUACAGCAUGGCCAAGACUAA